AAUUGUGCAUCGUCAAGUAGCGGUAUUGACUAGGCCAAGUCAAGGCAUAAGUAUCGUCGGGGGUUGUGGUGAUCAGUUCGCUCACUGCGAGAUGAAAUCAUCGCUUCGAAGGGUGUGCUUGUGAAAGCUGCAAGCUCCUUGAUCUCGAUUACUUGUUUGCUUGUCGGUAGAACGAGGCGUUGCGUAGCCGGCAGCAAUUUUCCUUGGGACACUGGGCCAUUCCAUGCCUCUCAACCGAUCAACGAUCGAGAGGAACGGACGGGGGCCCGCGAACGAUUGGCCGUAUCUUACAGCACGAGUCUUACAUUCUUCGACUUGUCUCCCUCGCAGGACCGCCCAUUGCUCGACUGUUGAACGAUGUGGAGCGCCGAGGACAUCAAAUAUGAGCCCGUGGACACGGAAAGCUCAUCACUGGACACAGCGGCAUUACAUUCGGAUCGAAAGCGAGUCAGCCUGUACCGGAUAGGAGCCCUCGCCGCGCUGCUGACCACACUGCUCGCUCUCGCAUCUGCCGUCUACGCAACAAUCAGACAUUCACAUGCCACCACCAGACAGGUGAAGCCGCUACGAUUCCCAUGUGGACGAACACCAGGUCAGGCGAAGGCGGCCAAUUGCACGUUCGACGUGAUGAUGGACGAGUGGCUACCGGAGAGCUGCAUCGACAGAGAACUGCUGGAUGAGUUCAAGGCGUUGGGGCCAUGGUCAUUCUGGGCAGAUGAGGCGCGAACGCAACCGAUCAACGAAGAACAGCUCUCGAGGAGUCCAGUAGCGUACACGACGUUGGAGUAUCACGUCGCACAUUGCUCGUUUGCCGUGCGCAAAUUCCAUCGCGCUGUUGCUGCGGGUCGACCAGUCGAAGAGGCCGUCGGAAAGGUGGCGCAUACCACUCACUGCGCCGAGAUGCACCGGAAAGUGGUUGAGAGUCUACAACGGUCCCAGGAUGGGGAGGCGGAGCAGUAUUCCAUCUUUGCGGCGACGACUCCACUGCAUCCAGGCUUCCCGACUUGCAGAGAUGUACAUAGUAUCGAUAUGUUCUCAUAA